AUUGUUGCUGAGGUAUACAACUUACAAUUUAUAAUUACCAUUAUUUAGUUCCCGCUCUGUACGACGCAACGUGUGUUUCAAUUGCUACUACUAUACAGAUCGCGGCGACAUGAGUUUCUCCGAUAAAGUAAUUUUAGUAACUGGUGCAGGUUCGGGUAUUGGCAAGGGUAUAGCUAUCCACUUCGCUAGAUUAUCAGCAAAACUUUCGCUUAUAGACUCAAAUUCUGAAAACUUAAACAGUGUUGCGCAAGAGUGUGAAAAUAUAAGUAAAAUGAAAGUUUUCAAAGUCUUUACCGACAUUACCGUCAGAGAUGACAUAAAAAAUGCUGUCAAUGAUACGGUAAGACAUUUUGGGACAAUAAACGUUCUAAUGAAUUGUGCUGAAAUCGGUAGCAGAGUUGGUAUUUUCAGUCCAAAUUUGAUGACUAUAAUGGAAAAAAUUAUUGCUGUUAAUUUAAAAGCAGCUAUAGCUUUUACUCAUUAUGCUGCUGAUUCUCUAAUAGAGAACAAAGGAAAUGUUAUUAAUAUUGCGAGUUUGUUCGCGAGUACUGUAAUAAAGGAAGCCUUACCGUAUAGUGUGUCGAAAGCUGGUUUGGUCCAUUUUACCAGAUGUGCGGCCUUGGAACUAGCAGAUAAAGGAGUUAGAGUGAAUUGUAUUUCACCUGGACCAGUUAGAAGCAACAUGGUAUUGGGAGAAUUUGAGACAAAGCAAGAAAAUGAUGAAAAUUGGGACACCUGGGCUAAGGAUGCCCCAUUGAAACACUUAGUAACUGAGGAUGAAGUAGCCGAGCUUGCAGAAUUCUUGGCGAGUAAUAAAGCGAGGAGUGUCACCGGGACAGAUUAUAUUAUUGACUGUGGAUGGUCCGUUCAAAAAUGUUGACAUUAUUCUGUUUUAUUAUUUAUGUUGUUAUUUAUUAAAUAGUUUAUAGAAAAUAUUUAAAUUGUUUUUAGUUUGUCAUAAUCAUUUUGUUAGCUUUUGUUACAUAUAGUUAAAAGAUUUUUAAAUACAUAUUUAAGUGUAUAUUUAUAAAUAUUUGUUAUCCACAUUAUCAUAAUCAAUGAAGAUUCUUUUUAACUCCAAAAUUAAAUUAUUAAAACAA